AUGCAGCAACCGUGGACAGAAAAGUACCGCCCAGAAUCCUUACAACAGGUGGUUGGAAAUAGGGAGAUUGUUGCAGCUCUUAAGUCAAUCUCAAGCACAAACAAAAUUCCCAACAUGCUGUUCUAUGGACCUCCAGGGACUGGGAAGACAACAUCAAUAAGAGCCAUUGCAAAUAAUCUUCCAAGAUCAUGUGUUCUUGAAUUGAAUGCAAGCGACGAAAGAGGAAUAGCCACGGUGAGAGAAACCAUAAAGGAGUUUGCAUCAACUUAUUCCAAAACGACAAAGUUGGUGAUUUUAGAUGAGGCAGACAUGAUGAGUAGAGAUGCCCAGAAUGCCCUUCGAAGAAUAAUAGAAGACUUCAGUGCAAAUGCAAGGUUCUGCUUAAUAGCUAAUCAUUCAAGAAAGAUAAUACCUCCCAUCCUUUCUAGGUGUACCAAGUUUAGAUUUGGGCCUAUUGAGGACACAGAAAGCAGAAUCAAAGAAAUAUGCAAGAAAGAAAACAUAAAAUACUCUGAGGAAGGUAUUAAGGGAAUCGCAGAGAUAUCAGAGGGGGAUAUGCGUAAGGCAGUCAACGAUGUUCAAGGAAUAUCUGUGUCCUUGGGCCCUAUCAGUCUGGAAAAUGUUCGAAAAUUCAAUGGAGUUGCUCCUAUAGACGUCUACGAAGAGUUGUUUGAGAACCUCAAGACCAUGAGUAUGGCUGAUCUUAGAGUGAAAUGCGAAGAAUUGAAAUAUGAGCACGGAAUGGAUUCCGACGAUUUACUAAAAAAUUUGAGUAAGAUGGUCCGAAAAAGUAACAUGAAAGAGAAGAUGAGGAUACUUAAAGAGAUGGGAGAUAUAGAAUACCGAAGAAGCAUCGGAUGUAGCGAGAAAGUCCAGACAGAUGCAAUCAUUUCUGUAUUCUUAUUGAAUAGAGGCUGA